GUGCGCAGUUUCAGCGCGCGCUCUAGUUUUUCCUUUGGUUGGAACGCGACACACGUGUCGGGCACAUGGCGCAGGAAACGUCUUGUUAAAGUACUUAACCGCGGAAAGAGUCCAUUCGGAAGAGGCAGAUGUGAGCGAGCGGUUGGAAGGAGGAUCCCCACCAACCACCAGGAGAUGAAUGUCGUCUCCGCCGUGUAUGAUCGAUAGCCGGCAGCAGUCGCAGCUCGUAUGUAGCUCAAGGCCGAGCCAAGUGUCGCGCCUUACCGGAACGCGCGCGCGGAGAUCGUGUUUGUCAACUCCGUUCUCGGUGAAGGGGAGGACGCCGUCGGAACGUCGAGCAACUCGGAUAUCUCUUUCAUCCUCCGUCGAUGUAAACAAUUGGUUUACGUCAAGAAGAUACGAGUGAUUCAUAUCUCGUGAUACGGAUGAUUCCGAGUAUCAUGAGCGUUAACGCGUCGGAGGGCCGGCGGUGAUUAACAUCGGUGACUCUGCUGUAAUCGUCGCGUUACUAAAGUCCGAUCGAGAUUCUCCGAGUCGAAGCUAAAAAAAGAUAUUACGCGUUUGUAUAAUUGUAAUUAGUGGAAUACAUCCGUCCGCUUCGUGUUAUUCCGCCGUGAGAGAUCCAGUCGCGAGAAGCCGCGGAUUUCGGGCGAUAAAAUGCGAGCGACUCCCGCGUGUUAGGAUGGCCGAGGAGGCCGCCGUGCGAGAGGCGUUUCUCCGAUUGACCGAGGAGUACAUCCGCCGCGGGGCCGCGACGUGCGACGACUUGAAGCGCGCGAAUAGUCUCGCGCCGAAGAGCGGAGACCGGAAGCGAGUGCUGGUGGUGCUGCUGCUGGCACCGUUCCUCUACGUGCUGAUUCGCCCGGCGAAUCCGCUGAGGAGUCUCCAAGAGACCCGAUGCCUGCUGCCGAACAAUUACCUCGUGUGGGAGUUCACGAGGCCGGUCGCCGACUGCGGCUAUUGCCGCGACGUCGACGCGCCGUUGAUCCUGCCGGCGAAUCUGACCCGGGAGGAGUUUCGCGCCCACUCCUACUCGUCGCGGCCCAUGAUAGUGAAGAACGCGGCGCACGAUUGGCCGGCCCGCGACCGCUUCAGCCUGCAGUACUUCCGGGAGCUGUACGAGCGCACCGACGGCGCCUACGAGUCCGUCGAGGAAGAAUGCCAGUUCCUGCACUUCAAGAGCGACUUCACGAACCUGCGCGAGGUGUUCGCGAUGAGCGAGCGGCGCGCGUCCCAUCGCGACGGCGAGACUGCCUGGUACGUCGGCUGGAAAAACUGCCAUCCGCGGGUCUUGGACGCGAUGGGCACUCUCUACAGCGCGCCCCGCUUCCUGCCGGAGGACGCGGAGAUCCCGUACAGCAAUUACGUUUUUCUGGGCUACGAGGAGGGUGCCGUUAUGCACCUGGAUUACAUCUCGAGGCUCAUGUGGCAGGCUCAGGUGAUUGGCAGCAAAACGUGGACCGUGGCACCCACGCCGGAAUGCGACAGCGAGUGUAAGCCUUUCGAGUUCUUCGUCGACACAUCGGACAUCGUGCUGUUGGACACGCGGAUCUGGUACCACGGCACUCAUGUUGAAAACGGCGAAUUCAGUCUGACAGUCACCUCCGAGUACGGGUAGACUUUUCAUGAUGAAAGUGCCUCUUUAAGCUCGAAUUCCAGGAUUGUGAACAUUCAAAUCUGACCGAUCGAAACGAAGCGAGAUCGAGCUCGAGAUUAAUUGAUUCGGCGAAUUCUAAUCCUUAAAUCAAGACGAAAGAAUAAAUCAAACGCCGUGUAUACCGUUGCAAAAAUGAGCAGCUAUGGGCGAGAGAAAUGUCCAAGAGGCGCACUGUCAACGUGAGCUAUUUCCCGUUGAAUUGUACAUAGAUCGUCUGGAGGAGGGUCCAUAUUGACCUUCGCUUUUUAUACUCUACUACAUCGUUGCGCAACGAUGUAUCGUAUAUCUAAUUUUUUUGUAAUUUUUAAUAAAGCAUUCAGAAGGAUAUGUACGU